AUGUCAGAACACCCAGAAUCUGACGACUUUGAACAGCAACCUUUGCAUUCAAGAGUGACAGAAAAUUAUGGGGCAACAGUAGCCCGUCCGCGGAGCGCCGCAUCAAAACGUCCUUCCAAACCAAUAUGGAACUAUAUAUUAGCUAUCUCGAUAGCUUUGGCAUGUCUUGGUGCUAUUGGAAUAUAUGCAUCAAGAUUUGUGCCCUCUCCAGGAGCUAUUCAGACGUAUUAUGAAAAUGUGACGAAAAUACAAAUCCAUGGCAUCUCCUAUGAAGGAUGGGAUUCCAAGCCUGGGAAUCCAAAUAUUGAACCAAGUUUCUCUUCAGUGUCUCAUGGUGACGAAAAUACCUACAAAUAUCUCAAAUUGCGGGCCAAAAUGAGCGUAAGUUUCGAUCACGACCAAGCUCUCCCUUCGACUUCCAACUCAACCUCAGCUCGGCAGGAAAACUCACUUAUUAGGUUUUUUAGCCAGUCUGUCGUGAAAACGCUUUGUUUUGACCUCAAUGACAUGCAGGCCUAUAACGAUAACGCAACUGGCACUCAAAGCUUGGGAUCCGUUCACAUUCCACAAGCGGUAUGUGUCGAUUUGAGAGCGAAUACAACAACAGAAUUGGAUAUCCCAAUUGUGAUUCAUCCCAAUGCUCAAAAUAUCGCCUCCGUGAUUAUCAAAAUUUGGAAGCGUAAAUUUCACGAGCUCAAUCUUUGGUCCAGCUUGGAUGUUUCUUUAUCCAAGUGGGGCUUGUCCUUAGGAAGUGUUCAAAUACCCAAAUUGGAGUGGAAUGAUUUUUUAGACUGGAACCAUGUUCAAUCCUACAUUGAUCAAAUGCAUCAGGUUUUAAGAGAUCCUAUAAAAGUCAACGAUUUGCAGAUAAAUGACUCCGAUGAGGCUGUGAAAGUCCAGGUUGGUAUUUCGUAUGAUUGUCCCGGCUUUUUAAAAGGAUUUUUAGAGUCCCAGAAGGGUUUUUCAAUUCCUCCCACAUCGUGGACGGUUCGAAUGCCGGGCUGUCGCGCAAAUGAGCCAGUAGCUCUGCAAAACGCCGUUUUCGAGACACCUUCAGUGCCAGUAGAUCUUCUGUUGGCAAAAACCUCUCCUAACAUUAACAUAACAGGCCAAAUUUAUGGACCACUUCCCGAUGAGCUACUUUACCAGGUAUGUGACUCAGACGAAAAGAAUGUAGUUACGCCAAUCAACCUGUUUUUGAAAAAGGUCUUCAGCGCCACUGAAAGUGUUGACUUCCAAAUAUGCGGGCUUCACUCAGGAGAAACCAGUACAAGCUUUAUCCCGAAGUGCCUUUUAGACCAAAUCCUGCCAUCAAUUGUACAAGAAGUAAAAGCAAAUUUAACAAUAGACUCUGAUCAGUUGGUAGAGCAGGUCACUGUAGAUGGCUUGAAGUUAAAAUGGUCACAAAGAGGCUGGGACGACAAAAGGCUGGAAGUUAUGGGGAAAGUCAACACUUUGGUGAAUCUCCCUUUUUACAAUGCGACGCUUUCAAAGGAAGAAGAAACAGUGUCUAUUAAAAAGAUCAAGGGCCUCACCAAGCUAUUCCAUAAUGAUAUCCAUUUCGUGUCUGUUCCCAUGGAUGUUUGGCUCAACGCGAAGUCGGAGAUUUUAAGAUCUGCGGAUCCGGCUUACAUUCAGUUGCAGGUAUCUUUUGAUAUUUCAGGGCAGGAUGUUGUGGUUGUAGACAGACUUGAACUCACAAGAUGUUUAAAUGAAAUCCUAGUGAGAGGCCAAGCAACAGUUUAUGUCGAGGGGCAAUUGGAUUUAAUGAUGGAAACAAGGCUGGGUUCUUUUGUCUUGCUUGGAUUGGAAGGCGAUGGUACUACUAUCAUCAAAAAGUGA